AAUAUUUAAUUGAGGGAUUUAAAUGUGUUUGAGAAGUAUGCUUUAAUCAAAUACAACUUAACUAUUAGACUCUUCUCUGAAACAAGGCUUGGCAUGCCUCGACACUCCUCCCUUGUAGCAGGAAUCAGCUGGCCACGCGAGUUGUGGCAGAUAUUGGAUGGAAAGCUCCACCUCCAGAUUUCUUCACCCUUAAUAUUGAUGGAUUUUCUUGUGGUAACUUGGGUCGUGCCGAACGGGAGGGUGUAUUCGAGACAGUACGGGGAGAUGUAUUGAUGGCUUUGUGGCGAAUAUUAAGUCAGCAACAACAACCUUUCCGAGCUGUGGGCAUUCUUCCAUGGCCUAUAGCUGACCUGGAGCAGAGGUUGUCAAAAUCUUAAGAUAGAAUCCGACUCCAAGUUGGAAAUUCAACUCGUUAAUAACAUACAUGAACAUGUGCAUCCUUAUGUGACUCCUCUUUCACCCAUUGCUAGGCCAAAAUUAGUGAGUAAGCAUCACUCAUAUAUAUUGGGAUGGAAAAAGAGUAACAAACUGGCUCUUGAACAAGGUUCACUACAAAAAAAGAUGGUCAUUUGUGACCAUAGGAUUUUGUCACAAAAGUUCUAAAUCCGUGGCAAAUGUGUUUUUGGGAAGACAUACAGUCGUCGCUCUCUGUCGCAAAUACGAGCGUCACUAAUACUUUAGCCGUGACAAGCCAUCAGAAUAGGCUAUUUACGACGGCAGAGUGUUGUAUGUAAUAUGAAUAAGGCUGUCAGUAAUGAAUUUUGAUAUUAAAGACAAAGCUAACAACAUUACUUUUUGUGACAAUUUUUUUUGGAAUUUGAGACAAUGGAAUGUCGCCUCAAAUACAACGAUUUCUUUUUUGACUAAGAUAUUUGUGACCAAUGCCAUUUUUUACUACGAUGUGUUUUUUUUUUAUUUAUCGUCCAGAUUUUGGUAAGAAUAUAUUUGUUAUAUCAAUGUUCAUAUUUUCAUCUAAAUGAAUCGCACCAAAUAUUUUAAUAACAAACACAAUAUAUUUUUAUUCAAUAAUCAAGAUUCAAGAUAAUCAUAAAAUAUACAAGGAAAAAGGGCAAAUUUACAUCCGAAGUAACAUAAUGAAUUUCAUUUCUUGUCUAUUCAGAGGCGGACGUAGUCUUUAACACCGCCAUCUACUCACAAAACCUAUUUCACCCUUCUGACUCCGACCCGCCAAGAACUACACCACUCAUGUUUUUUUUUUGUAGCACCGUUGUAGCUUGGUCGGUAACAAGCCUAGAAGAUGAAGCAUAAUGGUCAUAACCUUUAAAACAUAGAUCUUACAUUAACAACUCACGUAGAUCCAAGCCUAAAAAUAUAAAUCACAAGCUAAAUCAUUGAAACAAACCUUAAGAUCCACUCAUACGCAUACAAGUAUGUUGAAGUAAAAUUUCCGUCGUGGAACAAAUCUGAGGUAAUAUUUGUUUCUUUCCUUGAUGAGAAAGCGAGAGGGUGGGGUUUUAAGCAAGUAUCUCUAGAUUGAGGUGGAUGAUAGUGAUUGUGUAAUCGAAUUUAUCCUUGAUGGUGGUCGGAGCGUUUUCAAGCCCAGACACUGGAAAAAGAGGAGAGAGAGAGAGUAGCCAUGGACAACAUGACAAGAAGAGAAGGGAGAAAGAGAGGCAUGGCAGCAGGGUUAGAAUAGAAACCUUUAGCGGCCGGAAGAUUUGAAUUGGCAAGAGAGGAAUAGGAAAGGAUGAAGGUGAGAAAGAGGCGCUAGGGUUAACCUACUUAAAUCAGAACUCUUAUUCAGCAGCAAUGUGAAGGAGGAGGACAGAGAAUCCAUGGCUACUAUAUUGGGGAUGAAGGCUAUCCAGAUUCAUGACAAGUAUCUGGGACUUCCAACGAUCAUUGGUAGAUCAAAGAAGGCAGUAUUCACACAACUGAUAGUAAGAAAGAAGGUGAAGAUGUGGAAAAGCGAAAUUCUGUCAAAUGCUGCUAAGGAGGUUUUGAUCAAGUCUAUCGCUCAAGCACAAAGUACUUAUGCUAUGUUUGUCUUCCUAAUUCCCCAAGGUGUGAUUCAUGAGAUACAAAGUAUAAGGUGGAGAAUAGGAUCAGGGGAUCAAGUUCGAGUUUGGUGGGAUAGAUGGGUACCCAAUAGCCCCAACUUUAAGAUCGAAUCACCGGUGGCUUCUCUGGCAUUAAAAGCAAAGGUUUCACACUUAAUUGAUCAGUCAGAAAGGUGUUGGAAAAGCAAUGUGUUACAAUCUAACUUCGACCCUAAAGACAGAGAAAGGAUCGUCAAGAUACCAUUGCCCAGGAGGUACCAAUCAGAUACCCAAGUCUGGGGUCGCGACAAAUUAGGCAAGUAUUCAGUGAAAUCAGGUUACCAUGAGUGGAGGAAAAGAUGGAAUGCAGAUGAAGGGGAAAGAGACAUCCCUGUGGAUUGGAAGCGUAUGUGGCACCUCUACCUACCCCCAAAGGUCAGAGUUUUUCUUUGGCGUUGGGGUAGCAAUAUCUUGCCCACAAGAGCGAAUUUAAUGAAGAGGAUACGUGAUGAAAGUGAUGAAUGCCCAUUUUGUGGGUUACAGGAAAUGCAAGAACAUAUUCUAAGAGACUGUGACUGGGCGGGAUGGAUAUGGAGGCCAAGUGCUCUGGGAAAGUUCUUUGUGGAAGGGGAGGAGAAAUCAAGUGAAGAGUGGCUAUGUGAAUUAAUUGAGAAGGUUUCGGAUGAGGAGUUAUGUGCGGUAGUGAUGGCCCUAUGGUUUCUAUGGAAAGAGCGCAUCAAUCAUAUGUUCAACAACAAGAAGCUAGAGGAAGUAAUCACCAGAUUGCAUGCGUACUUGGAGGAAUUUCGCAGCUGCUCUCAAGGGAACCCAGAUGCGAAUGCCCAGGCAGGAAGCCAAAAUGGGAGAAACCAGACAAGGGGUAGCUGAAAUUGAAUGUCGACGCUGGCAAAACUAAAGAAGGGGGGCACUGGAUUUGGAAUGGUGCUCAGGGAAGAGGAUGGCCGCUUCAUCUUGUCGACGGUGAGGAGGACAAGGGUCGACUGGGAGCAUGAACUUGAUGAAGCCCCGACUUUUCUAUGGGCUCUUCGUUUGGCUCGAACACACGUGGUGAAGCCGAUUCUGAUUGAAUCCCAUUUACUUUCUUUAAUCCAGAAACUUGGGAAGGAGGAGGAGAUGGAAACUGAAUUGGGAGUGAUUUUGUCCGAAAUUAAGGAGCUACGAAAGGAGAUGGGUGAAGUGAAGUGGAGAUUUAUGGGGAGAGGUGACAACUCUGUUGCCCACGAAAUAGCAAGGAUAAGGUGUAGGUGGGAGGAGUCUGAAAUAUAGAUGGAGAGACCCCCAAUUUUUAUCCUUCAUGCUUUAAUGAAGGAUUGUAAUGACA